CAAUCAUGUUCUUCCGCUCCAUCCUCGCUGUCGCCCUCUCUGCAGCUGCGUUCGUUUACGCCGUCGAUAACACUCGCGAAGUAUACACACCCAAUGGCGAGAGUUCCGACAUAUUCUGCCGCUCGUGGGAUGCUAGCUGUACCACCGUUGUCGGCAACACGGGCACCUCAUACGUGAGAUGCGGUGAUGGAUAUGAUGGUGCAGGUACCGCACGCGUGGAUUGCCUCUCCGUCAGUGCCGACGGCAGCUCCGCUGUGGAUUAUACGGACGCGAAUGUGCAGGCGUUAGGGCUCACCUAUGUUGCAUAAAUUCAUAUUUUGGGUUUGGGGGGCUUUUUGGACUAUGGGACUUACACACUACAAAUGCUUAUGUGGACGAAGGGGUGUGGUCGAACGGGCAGGUGAUAGUGCAAGCCUGUACGAUAUUUGGGAUGGAAAGUUUGGUGCAGACGUCUGCCUGGACAUUGCAUCAGAAUAUUUUACUCGUCCCUAUCAAACUUCUAUAACCAUCAUAAUAUAAUAUAAUAACU